AUGAUUAUUGCUGCUGCUCUGGUCCUGAUACCUGGAAUAUCUGUAUAUUUUCUGUAUCUGAAUUAUAACAAUGUAUACAAGAAGUACCAGGCGAUCUUCCAAUCAUACCAAUUGACAGAUACUCCUGAAACAGAAGAGCCAAUUAUUUUGCAAUUGACAAAUGGUGAAGUCCCUUCGUGGUUAAAUGGUAUCAUGUAUCGCAUUGGUCCUGGUAAAUUCAACAUCAAGCAAAAUGAUGGGUCCACUUUUUCAAUCAAGCACGCUUUUGAUGGGCUUCCAUUUAUGCAUCGUUUCCAAAUUGAUGGGUCAGCACAGACUUUAAAGUAUAACUCCCGCUGUUUGUCAAAAUCAAUUGAAAAGAAAAUUGAGCAAAAGUCAUAUAAAGGUAUCAUCUUUUUUGGUCAUGUCCCCGUUGUGUCAUUUUUGCAAUGGAUCUAUCAUUUUCUGAAUCGUUUGGACAGUUUUAUCCUUCGUCCCAGACCAGACGAGUCACCGGAUGCUCACUCGGUUGGUGUAACAGCCACCCCAAAUUUUCCUCUCCCAUCUCAUUGGAAGUCGGCAGGCCGUCAACAACCAGUCUUAGUCUCUAAAACAGAUGCCAAUAUCCUGCAAAAAAUUAACGCCGAAACUUUAGUGCCUGAAAAAGUCUUCAAUUACACCACCUUUGACAAAAGAUUGAAAGGUGAAUUUUCUGCUGCCCAUCACCAGUAUGACUCUGAAACCAAGGAGGCAUUCAAUUUCACAUUAUCUUUUGCCCCCAGACCUCGUAUGAUUGUCUUUAGUACUUCAGAUUCUGGAAAUGUGACAAUUUUAGCUGAUAUCACGCACCGCAUGGACAAAUCUCGGAUCGGAGCACCUUACAUUCAUUCUUUCUGGUUGACCAAAAACUACAUCAUCAUCCCUGAAUCUCCCUUAACGUAUCAUGAUAAAUGCCUCAAUAUGUUGCUCAACGGCUCUGUUCUUUCUAGUAUGGCUUGGCAAGAUGAUACGCCUACUUAUUUUCAUAUAGUAAGUCGUAAAGGAGGUCUUGUAGCUUCUAUACCUGUACCCCCCUUUUACACUUUCCACGUAGCAAACAGCUUUGAUUCAAUUGAUCCCGUCACUGGAGAUACUAUUUUGACUUUAGAUAGCGCUUCUUUUUCGGAUGGUGAUAUUUUAAAUCAAUUGCACACAUUUGGUACUGGCCAUCCUAAAAGUAUCGCUCUCAAGCCUGAACCAUUUACCCGCUUUCAUGGCAUGGCCUAUCCUCCUGCUCGCCAAGCAAAGUUUGGGGAUCUUCAACGUUACAAGCUUAAUUUAACUAAAUCCGAACACAUUUCGACGAAUCUUUUGUGCAAGAAUGUAGAGUUCCCUCGAUUCAAUCAAAAAUUUGCCUUACAAUCUAACAGUCAAUUUAUUUUUGGAUGUGAGCUAUUUGCUUAUACAGAGAAAACAGACGAGAGUAGCGGAUUAAUCAAGGUUGAUAUGCUCACAGGUGAUAGACUUCGCUACGGACAAGAAGGAUAUUCGUGUUCUGAACCCAUUUUUGUUCCAAAUCCUCAAUCUUCGAGCGAAGACGAUGGCGUAUUAUUGACUUUGGCAAAUAACGUUGAUUGUUGUUAUUUGAUUAUCGUAAAUUCUGUGACAAUGAAGGAGCUCUCUCGCUUCAAAAUUGGACAGUUUACAGCAGUGACUUUUCACGGAUCUUUUGUUGAUCAUGAGUUUGAAUCGAUUAAUAUUAAUUAA